CCCCCUGCUUUCUUUUAAAAUUGUUUCGAUUCUGAGAAUAAACCUCUGUGACGUGAUACUACGUCACUACGCCACGCCCCCUUGCUUAAAGCUCAAUAAUCGCAGGUCGAAAAGUUAGUCGAUGAUCAGAAGUGGUUGCAGUCGGACUUCAAAUCGUCUUCAAAGGUUUCUACAAGCAUUAAACUAAACCAGCAUGACCAACGGGCACAUGGAAGGCAUCAACGGCUCUGCUGGAGCCACGGUUCUGGACCCCAUAUCCGCCUCAGACCUGGAGGACAUAGAGAAUACGAUGGAGCAUAAACUAAUGAGGGCCUUUGCCCAGCGGCGGCAGCUGAAGAGGAGCCCAGAGGCCCUGGAGGAGCCUAACCCGGCAGAGACUAACCCGGCUGCAAACGCUCCGGCGCCAGACAACGAAGGAACCACCAAAGAGCCAAACAGGAAGGGGAAGAACAAGAGGAAAAAGGGCUGGAGGCGCAUACCCAUCAUCGGAAAAUGUAUUAGUCCCAAAACAGAAGAACCAGAACCAGAACCCAAAGCUGCUCCUGAACCCAAAGUUCUGCUCAGAAGUUUCUUACCGGAAAAAACUGCAGAGAAUGAGUUUGAAAAAGUGGCCAAGCGUCUGACGGGCAUCGCCGAUGAAGUCGAGUUCAUAGCGACCGAUGAGUAUGAGUCAGACGGCGGAGAGGGAGACCUGGAGAAGCUCAUCGGCCUGCUGCUGCGGGAAAGCGGCGACAUGCUCAACCAGAAGAUGGAAGAGGAAAAGGUCAACCCCACAGUUCUGUUCAGCUACAGCUUCUUUGAGAACCUCCUGACCACCUUCCUGGAGAGGAUAGGCUACAGAAACUCCAGAUCGGACGAUCUGAGGCCCCAAGCGUCCACAGAAACUCAGGUCGCUGUGGCGUGCGAGAUCACUAGUCGUCUGUCAGCGGUGGACACCCUCCCCUCGAGCCGCAUGCUGAACUUUGGAGCCGCGUAUCUUCGGCAGCAUUACUCACACUGGGUGCAGCAGCAGAGUCAACACGAAGCAGAACUCCACAGCGGGGAGGAAGAGGAGGAAGUGGAGUGACGGGGGUUCUUCCAGAGGUGGCGGCGCCUCCUGGAGGCCACGCCUCAAAGAUGCAGGCCAAAUUCAGACUUGGUGUUGUGUGUGCCGAAGCAGCUCCUCUAUCUUCAAUAUAUACUUAAAAAACAUUGAGGAGUUAUUUUUGUAGCAUUAAUGAAGUUAAUGACCAUUAAGUUUAUCUUUAAAUGAAAUCUGUGGUACUUCAAACAGAGCCAUUAGCAACUGCACUUUCUCCAAAACCAAAAUAAAAUCCAUCAAAUGAUUGGUGCUGAAUUUGUCUGUCUGUGAAUCUUAGUUUUGAAUUAUUAAAACUUGUUUCAUUACCA